AUGAUCUGGUUAUCAGAAAGGCAGAAAUUUGGAGUGGGAUUCACCGCUGGAGGAUUCUUCUUCUUCAUAUUUGGAAUAUUUGCAUUUUUUGACUCUUCUUUCCUUGCAUUGGGGAACAUAUUAUUUGUAAUUGGAUUGAUAUUAAUUAUAGGUCCUCAGCGUACCGUUUCAUUCUUCAGUAGACCCAACAAAUUGAGAGGGACGUUUUGCUUUUGCUUAGGAAUUUUCUUGAUCUUGAUCAAGAGAUCGUUCAUUGGAUUUAUAGUGGAGAGUUUUGGGAUAUUAGGAUUAUUUGGAGACUUUUUCGGGACAAUUGUACAAUUUUUGAGGUCUAUUCCCUACAUAGGAGAUGUAUUGAGUCAUCCAGUCAUUGCACCUACCAUUGAUAGAUUGGCCGGUGUAACAAACAUGUUACCAGUUUAG